AAACUGUAAGAACAAGAGCAAAACGUGCAACGCCAACGUGCCUCCAGCCCUGGUCGUAUUUUUGCGAAUUCUCCCUCGCUUCACACUUUUCGAUUCCGCUCUUGCGAAUUCAGCGGCUGUAAUUUGCACCGGAUUGUAUUGGAUAUCCGCCUGGGCACAGACAGUAACUCCCCAAAAAUGGAGGCAGCUAUUUUGGACAUAAUCAGCGGGAUCCUGGGCAUGGACACGGAACGGAUUCGUCAGUCAACAGCCAAGAUGAUGAAGGCCUACGAGAAUCCCGAUUCACUGCUGGUUCUCACCCAGAUCGUGAUGUCGGACCGGGCGGUCCAGGAGCGGCAUGUCGCCGCCGUGCUCCUCAAGAGGCGGAUCAGCAAGUUGCGCCACUGGCAGUUGGUUCCCGCCGAGCAUCAGUCAGCAAUUAAAACGAACAUGCUUCAGGUCCUCAUCGCGGUGAAGGAAAAGACCGUGAAGGGCACGGUAGCCCAGAUAAUUGGAUCGCUGGUGCGACACGAGGCGGAGAAGGAACACUCCUGGUUGGAGGAAAUACUGAAGUUCAUUUACGAACGUUGCAGCAGUCCCGAUCCAACAGAAAGCGAGCGGGGCAGCUCAAUCUUUACCACACUCAUGGACGCUGCUCCCGAUCAGUUUUCGAACCACAUGGAUACUAUCUUCCCGUUGUUCGCCGGCGUUCUGGUAACCGCCGAGGCGAACGGUAACAUGGCCACACCCACCGUGUUUAACGUGCUGACGGGUACGUGCUACCUCCUGCCCUUCGUCAGUGGACAUAGUGGUGCUGAGCAGAUUGUUGUUAAGGCUGUGCCGCUAAUUCUCAAGGCCCUAGGCGCCUUCGCCGAAAAGGGGGACAGUCAGGAGUUCAUGGGAGCUUUUAAUAUCAUAGACGCCAUGGGCGAGUAUGUGCCCCAUUUGCUGACCGGUAAUGUGAAGCUGAUUCUGGAGUUCUGUCUGAUAAUUGCGAGCAACCAGCAGCUCGAGGAUUCGAUUCGAGUUCAGGUGAUUACCUUUGUUGGCAGCCUAAUGCGCCUUAAGAAGAAGGUUAUUAUGAAGCAGAAACUGCUGGAACCCACUCUUGCGGUUAUGUUCGAAGUGAUGUGCCAGGACUCCCUUGAUGAUGACGAUGAUUACUUUUCGUCUGAGAGCUCGAAUAGCCCGUCCACUGCAGCUACGCAGACUCUGGACUUGAUGGCCCUCCACAUGUCGCCGGAGAAGUUUAUUCCGCCACUACUGCAGCUGUUGGAGCCAGCGUUGCAGAGCCCACAACCUGUGCUUCGCCGCUCCUCUUUUAUUUGUAUGGGCGUCAUUGCCGAGGGCUGCUCCGAGGCCAUUGGGAACAAGUAUCUGGAGGUCAUGCUGAAUAUCGUCAAAGCUGGAAUUUUCGACUCUGUUAUGUUGGUGCGGGUCGCCGCAUUCUUCGCCCUUGGACAGUUUUCCGAGUAUCUUCAGCCGACAAUCUGCAAGUAUGCUCCCCAGAUUCUUCCCGUGCUGUUCGACUAUCUGAGCCAGCUGGUAAUGGAACUCAAGAUUGGUACGCCGGAACCGAAACACAUGGAUCGUAUGUUCUAUGCCUUGGAGACCUUUUGCGAGAAUCUGGGGGAUGACAUUAUUCCCCAUUUACCUACGCUGAUGGAGCGUCUGUUUGGGGUUCUGGAACCCCAGAACUCGCAUCGAAUGCGUGAAAUGGGUUUGACGGCCAUAGCAGCGGUCUCAACCGCAGCUAAAGAACACCUGGUGCCCUAUUUCCCUAGGAUCAUGAGUGUACUACAGGGCUGUCUGGUGAAGGAGUGCCCAAAAGAAAUGCAAAGUCUGCGCAUCCAAGCUAUCGACACUCUGGCCGCGCUCUGUCGCGAAGUGGGCAGGGAUAAUAUUAUUCCGCUUGCCGACGAUACAAUGAACUUCUGUCUGAUGAUGUUGGAAGAUGGUCCGGACGAUCCCGAAGUCCGCAGGAGCAUAUACAACCUGAUGUCCUCCCUGUCAUCAGUUGUCAAAGAGAGCAUGGCCACUGUGUUCCCCAAGUUCAUUGAUCGCAUAAUGGAGUCUGUGAUUUCUUCGGAGGACGUGUUGCCAAAUGUGUCAGAGAAUCCAGAGGAUGAUUUGAUCCUGGAUACAACCGAUGUAGAGAUUGAUUUAGAUCAAACAGAUGACGAAGAUGACCAAGACUGCUACCAGGUGGAGAACGAUUACGUUUUUGAGAAGGAGGAGGCUAUUCUGGCACUUAGGGAGUUCGCUGCACAUACGGGCGCCGCCUUCGCGCCCUACUUGCAGUCUGCAUUCGAGAACGUCUACAAGAUGAUUGAUCAUCCGCAGGGCGACGUCCGUAAGGCGUGCAUUGACGCCAUUUGCGGGUUCAUUACGGCUCUCCAUAAGUUGGAAGAUGCCGCCGGCUUGAAGCGCGCCUGCGAGAUUGCCAUUCCAAAGUUUGCACAUAUGUUGCGCACUGACGACGAGGUUGGGGUCGUACUCCAUCUGCUUGACGAACUCGGCGAUGUCUUCAAGGAUGUCCAGUUGCAGGCAAUAAACAACCAGGAGCAUGCCGAACUAAUUUUCGGGUGCAUCCGCGACGUCUUCACAAAUAAAAUGGCCUGUCAGUUUAACGAGGAGAGCGGUGGUGGAGAUGAGGAGGAUUCGGAGGAAAGCGAGAACGACGAAAUGCUGUUCGAGAACGCUGCCAAUCUGUUCCCUUUGUUUGGCUUAGCCCUUCAGCCGGAGUUGUUCUCGCUUUAUUUCGGUCGUCUUUACCAAUUUUAUGUUCAAAGGCUGGCCAAGGCAAAGGAGCGCGAUAUCCCAGAACAUCGGGCUUACAUCUAUGGCGCUUUGGCUGACUCCUUCAAGGCGCUGAAGGGAUGCUCUGCAACAUACUUCGACGCCCUGUGCCCCAUUUUUAUCACUGGCUCCAAGGAUUCUGAUGCCAAAUCGCGACAGAACUCCUAUUAUGCACUAGGCGAACUGGUCAUCCAUUCCGAGGAGAAAUCAUUCGAGUCUUAUCCGGUAAUUUUGCAAGCUCUUUCCGAAGCAAUUGUCAGGGAGUCCAAUCCCCCCGCCUUGGACAACAUUUGCGGAGCAGUUGCUCGCCUCAUAGUUACCAACCCUGAUUCAGUGCCGCUUGCCCAGGUGUUGCCCGUGUUGCUCAAUCAUUUGCCACUGAAGGAGGACGUCAUUGAAAACGAUAUGAUUCAGAAGGCGUUCCGCGUGCUAUACUUGAAGGCUCGCCCCAGCAUUGUUGCACAUCUCGAGCAAAUCCUGGUCAUCACCAUAGAGGCGAUUUACAAGAAACAGAUGCCAGACGACGAGACAACCGAGAGCGCGGUGGCCCUCAUCAAAGAGAUUCGCGCCAAUUACCCGGAACAGUUUAACCAAGUAUCAAACGCGAAUCCGGAAGUUUUCAAUUAUGUGCAAACUCUGUAAGCCCACAUAUCCCCGCAAAAACCACCAAAAAGCUCAGCACACAUCUGCACCUAACUUGGCUAAUGCCCAAACGCCCUCUGCCCGCAGAUUCAUUUAUUGGAAGUGAUGCAAGUGUCGCAAGGAAGCUUUAUAUACGAAUAGGUUCGAAGUAGUCUUAAAUUUCAGUUGUGCUUCUGGAGUUUAAUCAUUCAAGAUGAGCGAUCUUUAAAAUUGCGAGAAGUAGCUUUUCUACCGGCCGAAAAAGAGCGGCAUUAUCUAAUUUAUAGCCACAUCCAGUGAAACGUGAAUAUGUAUUGAAACAAUAAAGAGAUUACUUGUUUUCAAUAAAAA